AUGGUGGAGCUCACCGCGGGAGAGAUCCCGCCGGAACUGGGCAUCAAGAAGUCCGCAAAGAUCUGGUGGACCCUGACCGAUGAGGCGCCCGCCCUGGCCACGCACGCCUUCCUCCCCGUCGUGAGGCGUUUCCUCGGUCCCAGCGGCGUGAGCGUUGAGACGGCCGAUAUCUCCCUCGCCGCGCGUAUCCUCGCCGCCUUCCCCGAGCGCCUUACCCCCGCCCAGAGGAGGGUCGACGUCCUGGCCAAGCUCGGCGAACUCGCCAAGACCAGUCGCGCCAACAUCAUCAAGCUCCCCAACGUCUCCGCGUCGGUGUACCAGCUCGAACAGGCCAUCUCGGAGCUCAACCGAAAGGGUUUCGACGUUCCCAAGUACCCGAGCGGCGACGCGCUCUCCCCCGAGGAUGCCGCAAUUAAGGCGAGGUACGGCAAAGUGAUUGGCAGCGCGGUUAACCCCGUGCUGCGCGAGGGCAACAGCGACCGACGCGUCGCCGGCCCGGUGAAGGACUUCGCCCGGGCCAACCCGCACAGGCUCAAGGACUGGUCGGGCGACUCCAAGACGGAGGUCAAGUCCAUGCCGGGUGACGAUUUUUUCGGCUCGGAGAAGUCGUCGGUGCGUACCAACGCCGGGUCCCUCCGCGUCGAGCUGCACGCCGCCGACGGGUCCGUGACCGUCCUCAAGGACAGUAUCCCGGUCGAAGCUGAUGAGAUUUUCGACGCCGCCAGGCUGAGCCGCGCCAAGCUCACAGAUUUCGUCGAGGCUGAGCUUCAGCGAGCGGCGAAGGAUGGCGUCAUGGUGUCGCUUCACCUCAAGGCGACGAUGAUGAAGGUCUCGGAUCCGAUCCUCUUUGGCGCCGUGGUCGCGACGUACUUCAAGAAGGCGUUCGAGAAGCACGCCGAUUCGCUCGCAUCCGUCGACGCCAACCCCAACAACGGUCUCAAGUCCGUCCUCGACGCCGUCAAGUCUUUGCCCAACGCGGCGGAGAUUGCGGCUGAUUUCGCGGCGUGCUACACGCAGCCCGACCGCCCCAAGGUGGCCAUGGUGGACUCCGACAAGGGAAUCACCAACCUGCACGUCCCCUCCGACGUCAUCAUCGACGCGUCCAUGCCCGCGAUGAUCCGCGACGGCGGUAAGAUGUGGAACAAGGAUGGCGAGCUCGAGGAUGUGGUCUGCCUCAUCCCCGACCGAUCCUACGCCAGCGUGUUCCAGACCUGCAUCGACGACUGUAAGGCUAACGGUAAGUUCGACGUGUCCUCCAUGGGCAGCGUCGCAAACGUCGGUCUCAUGGCGAAAAAGGCUGAGGAGUACGGCUCGCACGACAAGACGUUCCAGAUUUCCGCCGACGGCGUCGUCAAGGUUGUCGCCGACGAUUCCGACGAGGUCGUGUUUGAACACGACGUAGCCGCCGGGGACAUCUGGCGCAUGUGCCAGACCAAGGACGAGGCGGUCCGCGACUGGGUCAAGCUCGCCGUGCAGCGGGCGAGGCUCACCAACACUCCCGCCGUGUUUUGGCUCGAUUCCUCCAGGUCCCACGACUCCGUCCUCAUCGACAAGGUGAACGCGUACCUCAAGGAUCACGACACCUCCGGCCUCGACAUCUCGAUCAAGACGCCCAAGGAGGCGAUUGAGUUCUCCAUGGCGCGCGCCCGUAAGGGCGAGGACACCAUCUCCGUCACCGGUAACGUCCUGAGAGACUACCUCACGGAUCUCUUCCCCAUCAUCGAGCUGGGCACCAGCGCCAAGAUGCUCUCCAUCGUGCCCCUGCUCGCGGGCGGCGGCUUGUUUGAGACGGGCGCGGGCGGAUCCGCUCCCAAGCACGUGCAGCAGUUCACCGAGGAGAACCACCUUCGCUGGGACAGCCUCGGCGAGUACCUCGCCCUGGCGGUUUCUCUCGACGACCUCGCGCUCAAGACCAGGAACCCCAAGAUCAAGAUCCUCGCCAAGGGCCUGACCUCGGCCACCGGCAAGUUGCUCGAGCUCAACAAAUCACCGGGGAGGAAAUGCGGCGAGCCCGACAAUCGCGCCGCGCAUUUCUACAUCGCCAUGUGGUGGGCCGAGGCCGUCGCCAGGUCCUUCCCGUCCUUCAAGGCGCUCGCCAGCAAGCUGAAGGAGUCCGAGGACGUCAUCGUCAAGGAGAUGACCGAUUGCCAGGGCAAGGCUGUUGACAUUGGGGGUUACUGGCUCCCCGACGUUGAGAAGUGCACGCUCGCUAUGCAGCCCAGCGCCACUUUCAACGCACUGAUCGACGAGGCCGUCCUGAUGUCCGCGCUCGAUCCCCCCGGGAGCAAGACUGUCAACGAAAUCUACUCCUCCAUCGAGGAGAACCUGAGGAUCGUCAGACGCAAGCUUGGGAACAAACCCCUGACCCUCGCAGAGAAGAUUGUCUACGGGCACCUCGACGAUCCCGAGGGUGCCCCCGCGCCCGAGCGCGGCGUGUCCUACCUCAAGCUCCGCCCCGAUAGGGUCGCCAUGCAGGACGCCACCGCACAGAUGGCUAUCCUCCAGUUCAUCUCCUCGGGUCUGCCCAAGACGGCCGUGCCCACGACCAUCCAUUGCGACCACCUCAUCGCCGCCGAGACUGGCGACGUUGAGGACCUCGGCAACGCGAAGACGGAGAACGCGGAGGUGUACGACUUUUUGUCAUCGUGCGGCGACAAGUUUGGCAUGGGGUACUGGAAGCCCGGCGCGGGUAUCAUUCAUCAGACGGUGCUGGAGAAUUACGCCUUCCCCGGCGGCCUGAUGAUCGGUACCGACUCCCACACCCCCAACGCGGGUGGUUUGGGCAUGUGCGCCGUGGGAGUGGGCGGCGCGGAUGCGGUGGACGUCAUGGCCAGCCUGCCCUGGGAGCUCAAGGCGCCAAAGGUGAUUGGCGUCAACCUGAAGGGUUCGCUCACUAAUUGGACCGCGCCCAAGGAUAUCAUUCUCAAGGUUGCCGACAUUCUGACCGUCUCGGGAGGCACCGGCGCCAUCAUCGAGUACUUUGGCGAGGGUGUGGACACCAUGUCCGCCACUGGUAUGGCCACCAUCUGCAACAUGGGUGCGGAGAUUGGCGCCACAACCUCCGUUUUUACCCUCUCUGAGCGCCAGCUCGAGUACCUCCGCGAGACUGGCCGGGAGGAUGUUGCCAGGCUGGCGGCUAAGAACCGCGCCAACCUGGUCCCCGACGAGGGAUGCGAGUACGAUCGCGUGAUUGAGAUUGACCUCGACAUGCUCGCGCCUCACAUCAACGGACCUUACACCCCCGACCUGUGCACCCCCGUGUCCGAGCUGGGCGCGAGGGCCGCAAAGGAGGGCUGGCCCGUGGAGAUUUCCUCCUGCCUCAUCGGGUCGUGCACCAACAGCUCCUACGAGGACAUGGCGAAAUGCGCCAACCUCACCCGCCAGGCGCUCGCCGCGGGACUCAAGUACAAGAUCCCGUUCUUCGUCACCCCUGGCUCCAGGGCGGUGCAGGUGAACAUCGAGAAGGAUGGCUUCGUCAAAGACUUCGAGGACGCCGGCGCGACUGUCCUUGCCAAGGCGUGCGGCCCUUGCAUCGGCCAGUGGAAGCGCAAGAUGCCCCCGGGGGUGAAGAACACGAUUGUCACCUCCUACAACCGCAACUUUGCCAAGCGCAACGACGGAAACCCCGACACGCACGCGUUUGUCACGAGCCCCGAGCUGGUGACCAUGCUGGCGUUCUCCGGCAGGCUCGACUUUAACCCCUACGCCGACACCCUUCCCACCCCCGACGGCGGUCAGUUCAGCUUUAAGAUCCCCGAAGGCUGUCCCGCCAUUCCUCCGAGCGGCUGGGAUAUCGACGAUUCCAUCUUCCAGGCUCCCAAGGCUGACGGAAGCGGCGUGACAAUCAACGUCAACCCCGAGUCCAAGCGUCUCGAGCUUCUCGAGCCGUUCAAGGAGUGGGACGGAAAGGACUACGUCGACUGCCCGGUGCUGAUCAAGGCUCUCGGCAAGUGCACCACCGACCACAUCUCCAUGGCAGGUCCCUGGCUCAAGUUCCGCGGCCACCUCACCAACAUCAGCGACAACAUGCUCAUCGGCGCCGUCAACGCCGAGAACGGCGAGACCAACGCGGUUGUCAACCAGUUCACCGGCAAGGUCGGUAAGGUUCCCGAAGUCGCGCGUCAGUACAGGGACGCGGGUGUGCCCUGGAUCGUCAUCGGCGACAAGAACUACGGCGAGGGUUCCAGCCGCGAGCACGCCGCGCUCGAGCCGAGGUACCUCGGGGGCGUCGCGGUUGUCGUGAGGAGCUUCGCCAGGAUCCACGAGACGAACCUGAAGAAGCAGGGCAUGCUCCCGUUGACCUUUGCCGACCCCGCGGACUACGACAAAAUAUCGGGCAACGCCAAGGUGUCAAUCAUCGGCCUCGAGAACUUCCAGCCCGGAGUGCCCCUCGCGCUCAAGGUGACCAACCCCGACAGCGAGCCAUUCGAAGUCGCCGUCAACCAGACCUUCAACGACGAGCAAAUAAGCUGGUUCAGGCACGGUUCCGCGCUCAACUUCAUGAAGUGGCAGAACGCGCGGGCGACGCGGAGCAACGUCGCGUGA